UUUAAGAGAAGCAGGGCUACGCUUACCACAAUGCAAUGGGUUGUGAGUUGAAAACUGUCCCAAACUGUUCCGCUGAACACGGAGCCAUAAGGUUACAAAACUAUGAUGCCACUUGCCGUCUUGCCCAGGAAAUCGCUGAGAAUAUUCAUGAGCGGAACAGACAGCAAAGGACAGAUGGGAAUCCUGCCAAGAUCAACAUGACGCUGCGAGCAUCUCUUCAGAGACUGAAGCAGCAGAUCACCCAGCUGAGGGAGUCCUUGCUCAGAGCUACAUCAACUCGACACAUAAUGCAAUCGGAAGCAGACAGAAGGCAGAAUUUAGUGGAUGAUCUUCUUACACGAGAAAAACAACUGCAAGCGACUUUUAAGAAUGAUGGCACAGAACCAGAGUUCUCAAGGUCCAGCCUCAUGACUGGAGGUGGAGGGCAGCGGGGCUCAAGCAAUCCCUGGCUAAUGGACGAGCCUGAGGAAACCAGGGGGCUGGGGUUCACAGAGAUCAAACAGCAGCAGCAGAGAAUCAUAGAAGCCCAAGAUGCUGGCCUUGACGCUCUGGCAUCUGUCCUCAGCAGACAGAAACAGAUGGGGCAAGAAAUUGGGAACGAACUGGAUGAGCAUAACGAUGCAAACAUCAGAUGGCUAACACUUGCUGCGGACAGGGCAUUGUACAGGCUUCCUGUCUGCCCAAGCGCACAAGAGUGACCUUGCCUCACAGGCUGUCAGCACCCAACCCCCCCGUGACUGUGCUGCAGCUGAAAGCUUGAGAGAGAACUGAAAUGGUGCAGUGCGUGCACAUUCUGCGCUUGAAGAUUGUCCAACAUAUUAAUAUGAAAAAUAAACAUUUCUUACAGUAAUGAAGCCUUGCUUUCUUUUGCAGUCGGGGUGAUUGGCAUGCAGGAGCAUUGCCGUGACAGUUUUGAGUGCUGCGUUAGUCUGUUUGUAAUAAUGCAGUAAAAAAAUCAACAAAAUAUCUGUUUUAUAUAUGUGAGAUAUGUGUGUGUGUGUGUGUGUGUGUGUUUAAAAAAAAAAAAAAAAAAUUAACACUAGAAGCCCCGCGGUUUUUGGUUUUAAAAUGUAAUUUUCUCCAGUUGUGUAACACAUAUGGGGCUGCACGUUCUUGUACCUUUCUGUCCGUAUGUAUUAAAUAUUCUCACAAAGCAUGAAACGCGGGAGUGCAGAAAUAAAGGAGAUAUAUUACAUUAUACCUAAAAGCCCUGGGAGCAGUCACAUUGACGGCCACACAGAAAACAAUUGUAUUGUGAUUAUACAGAACGGUAUUCUACUUUAUUAUUUUUAUUUACUACUCCACAAUGUGUUUAGCUGUAAUUAGAUUAGUCUCUACUCUCUGCCUGAGUGAAUGACUGACAGUCUAUUGUUUUUCAAUCAGCCAUUUCAAAGGCUGGCGCCUGCUUGCCAGCUGUGCUGUUUUGGUCAGUCAAUUAGCAUCGGGACUAGUGAAAAUAAAUACCAGAGACCGUGGAGUUUUGCAACGCAAGAAAAUAUGGAGUUGAUGUUUUGGAUCAGAUGGCACAGAAGUAUUCCGUGAAAGCUGGCUCCCGACGGUGGCCUGUUCAGGUGUUUUACAAUGUAGUGGACCUAGCAGCCAUCAACUCCUGGGUACUAUACAAAUAAUGCACGGAGAAGAAUUUACCAAGGCGAGAAUAAAUCCAGUUAGCACAGGAACUUCGCAAGAAGCAUUUGGAACAGAGGGAGACUGCCAUACGUGUACCCACAGCUGAAGCUGGCAACCCUGCUGAGAGCCGCAAGAGACGCCAAUGCUAGGUUGGCAAGUGCAAUAAAAAUAAAACUUCGAGCAGCUGUGCCCUGUGCAGAAAGGUGGCGUGGAGAAGCGCAUUAUCUGUAUUGAUUGUGCUGUGUGCUUCUGUAAAAUGUUUUCUUCUAAGUUUAUUUAUCUACGUUGUUCAGUUUCUUUUGCACAUCUGAUAAUAAACCGAUUGCUGUUAAAAAUGUAUUGCUAUCGUUUCAGUUUUAUAAAUAUGUACGGUGUAAACCGA